AUGACUCGCCCGCCUGGGGGGGCGGGCUUCGCCCAGUUCUUUCCUGCGGCUCCUCGAGCGGUGAAAGACCGCAUGACGGAGCGGGAAAGAGCAGAGAGGGCGAAGAAGCAAUCGCACGAAUCGUCUGAAACGCCAUCUCCAAAUUCUCAAAUUUUCACCUCCCACGCCUCGUCGCGGGCCGACCAGCCAGACGGCCUCGGUCGACCCCCAGAUAUGCCUUUUUCGGAUACCUCUUUACCCCCGACUGAUGAUAGCGAGUCCAUUCCUGGUGAUAUUCCUAAUGGCACCAGGUCUGCGAGUUCUCAUGCUAGCACUGUCUCUUCCAUCUUCAGCGCCCCCGCCUCCGCUCUCCAGGCCGCCCCAAGUGCGUCCACUCGACCACCCGCCGCCAUUCACUCACCCCCCACCUCCUCAGAUUCCCCAUUACAUUCCGCCGCCAUGUCUGUCGCGAAGCCUUUGCCAUCGCAUCCUAAUAAUCCCGACAUCUCCUCACGAGAAGGUUACUUCCACGCCACAGACUCUCCAGUGUCGACUAAUGGCCAAUCAUCGGUAUAUGCCGGUCGCGUCUCCGCCCGAAAUCCUGCUCGAGCAAUUCAGGGGAUCAGAUGCAUCUAUGACCCUCUAAUCGACCGAAACCUUGCUAAGUCGUCGAAGAAAGACACAAAACCACAAUUCAAGGAGUUCGGAUUGGACGAUGACGCCCCCCCUGUAGACCCCCGGCUGGCAAAGGGUGGCAGGCUCAACUAUAUCAAUGUCGACUUCCAUUUCCCCAAAGCUCGCCUCCGACAUACGCCCUACAACCUGAAGCCGUAUCCUUUUGACCCCAAAACGUCUAUCGGGCCCGGGCCGCCAACCCAAGUUGUUGUCACUGGUUUCAAUCCGCUUGUAUCAUUUUCGAAAGUCACCGCCUUGUUCUCCAGCUUCGGCGACAUUGCAGAGAGCAGUAACAAGCUGCAUCCUGAGGACGGAAGUUACCUUGGAUUUGCAACCUUCAGGUAUCGCGAUGCUAGACCCAGCCGGCAAUGGCCCGCCGGUAUCCCGGGUGCCGAUGCAGCAAGAAGAGCCGUGAGGUCGUUGAAUGGAAGCCGGCUUGAAGCGAACCGAAUUCGUGUAGAAUUCGAUCCUGAAGGCAAGAAGAGUGGUCGCAUGCUGGAAGAGGUCCUAAGCAAAAGCAGGGAGAAGGCAGAGCAGGCACUUGCAGCCUCGCGAGCGGCUUCUGCUGGCCCUCGUAAUUCAGAUGGCGUCCCGGCACCCCCUCCGACGGCACCCAAAGGCCCAGCCGCGCACAGGCAGGUUCCCGUGGGAACCUCGACGACACGGCAAGGGAGCGUUGCUGCCCCUUCAUGGGCCCCUCUCUCUCAGUCGAAGCGAUUCUCCCUCAUCGAAGACCAACCGAUAGAGCCGCAGGUCGCCGAUGACCCCCACAUCUUCAUCUCGAAAACAUUCGUACCCGUAAUGGCGACUACUAUUCCCCAUAUGAAGAAGCGAUUAAAGGCCUUCCGAUUCGAAGAUAUUCGCCUCGAUCGAUCGGGUUACUUCAUCAUCUUUCAGAAUACGAGUCACGGAAGGCAUGAGGCGGAGAAGUGUUACAGGGCCGCUCACGACACUGAUCUUUUUACGUACAAGAUGGGCAUGAAGCUGCGACUCCCACGACCGCCUCGCCGCGAAUCCGGAUCGUCAACGCAAAAUCAAAAUCGCUCCCCGGCGCCCGACACGAAACUCAGGACCGACUCUAGCUUGAGGCAUGAUAAAGAUCGUGAACGUCGCGAGGUCGAGGCAGAUAUCGAGGAAGAGAAGAAACAACGGGCCAAAAACUUUGAUCCAGUGAUGGAAGCCGUUGCAGUUGUCCGUCGGGAGAUGGUGGAGCAUCUCAUCAAGCAUAUUCGGAUGAAGGUAGCUGCGCCGGCGCUCUUCAAUUACCUGGAUCCCGUCAACCACAGUGCCAAGAGACGACGGCUUAACCUGGAAGGGCCGGAAACUGAUCCAUUAGCGGGUUCAUUCGAAGAUGGCGACGACAGCUCACGGGCCGCCACCCCUAAUUCCCGAGCAGACCCUAUCGAAAGACGCACGGGACGCCUAGGAGUGUCAGCCUUGCCUCGUAUCCGGAAAGCCAAAGGCGCCGGACAGCGGAAUGUCGGGUUCACGGAUCCUUUCGCUCGCAAACGGCCGCCUACAGCUCGCAACGCAUUCCGAUCGCUCCAUUAUCGCCUCAAAGGUCUAGACAGCGACGUCGAGUCAGACGAUGAGAAUGAGCAACGGACGUCCCUUACCAGGGACACAGAAGAACCAGAAUCCCGUCCCCGAAGCCGAAUGAGUACCGAUGAUGAAGUCUCCAAGGAUGAUCUGGCUUCCUGGGGCCCAGGGGAUGAUGAUUCUAUGACCGAGUCCAGUUUCGUUAUCAACGAUACUGGCCCCGCUGUACGAAAGCGGAAAUUGGGUCUAUCCGUUGAGGCUGCCCUAAAGAGACAGAAGAAAUCGGACGAAGAACUCUUCGGUGUAACCUUUGAUCGCGUUGAAACUAUCAUACCGUCCAAGGAUGUUUCCGAGGAGCCACCGCCAACUAUCGAGAUAAUCGAGGACAAAGAGACACCCUCACGUUCCGAAACACCAGUUCCUCCUAGUGCGAAGGGCGCAAAGAAGAAGGCUCCAAAGACCAAGAAGAAGACGAAGAAGCAGUUGCUCGAGGAGCAGGAAGCCCUUAGAAAACUGCAAGAAGCGGAAGUGGCCAGUGUCAAGACCGAAAAGUCACUGACUGAUGACGCCGCUGUAGGUGAUGACCAGAGAAAGGUGACCGAAGAACCUGAAAAGCCAUUUCCAGACGAGAACUUAUAUCCUACCAAGCCGCAACCUGCCAUGGAGUUACCGGACGACUUUGCUUUGGAAAUCAGCGCCUUCGAACAGCUCUCCCUUGGCUCUAGGGAUGCGCCUGAUGUCGCGAGAUUGUGCAAAAAGCACAAGCCGAGCGAUUUGGGUGAUGUAGGGCUGUGGCUUUGGAAGCGCAAUCGUAUUAGGGAGUUGAACAACGUGGAUGGCUCUGUUGAUCGUCCUGUCGGCAUAAUCGAAGGCUAUUACGUUCCCAACCCCACUGGAUGCGCCCGGACGGAAGGCAUCAAGAAGAUUCUGAACUCGGAGAAGUCGAAAUAUCUUCCCCAUCACAUCAAGGUACAAAAGGCCAGAGAAGAGCGUGAAGCGCGUGUCAAGAAGGACGGGAAGGACCUGGCUGCGGCCGCCGCUGAAGCUGCCAAGAUUGCGGCGGAGAAGCUCCUCGCGAAGGGCAACUCGCGAGCCAACCGUGCCAACAACCGACGCUUUGUGGCCGAUCUCAACGAUCAGAAGAAGACUCUGGGGCAGGACUCGGACGUGUUCAAGUUCAACCAGCUUAAGAAGCGGAAGAAGCCCGUCAAGUUUGCCAGGUCUGCCAUCCACAACUGGGGCCUUUAUGCUAUGGAGAAUAUCCCCAAGGACGACAUGAUUAUCGAGUACGUGGGUGAGGAAGUUCGACAGCAGAUUGCCGAGAUCCGAGAGAACAGAUACCUUAAGAGUGGCAUUGGAAGUAGUUACCUCUUCCGUAUCGACGAAAAUACGGUGAUUGAUGCGACGAAGAAGGGAGGCAUCGCACGGUUCAUCAACCACAGUUGCAUGCCUAACUGUACUGCCAAGAUUAUCAAAGUCGAUGGCAGCAAGCGCAUCGUCAUCUAUGCGCUUCGCGAUAUAGCCAUGAAUGAGGAGUUGACCUACGACUACAAGUUCGAACGGGAGAUCGGAAGCUUGGAUCGGAUUCCCUGUCUCUGCGGUACGGCGGCAUGUAAAGGCUUCCUCAACUAA